AACCAGUGUCUCUCUGAAGAUAAUUUUGACUCACUCUUCAGAAAUCUCAUGGAUUUAUCAAACUCGGUAGCCGAGCAUGCGGAAGUGGAAAAAGAGUGGGUGAUAGUUAAAAAACAAAGGAUUGUCAUUUUGAUUCCCCCACCAUCACCUGUAGACCAACCUGAGAGUCCUGAGGCAAAUUCUACCAAGUCAACGAAAAUCAUCAGGAGGAGCUCAGGUAAUCCAAAGAAAAGGGGUCGCAGGCUCUCGAACAGCCGAAGCUAUAAACCUACUGCAACCAUUUCUAAGGGUGAAUCUCAUAUUGAGGUUGAACUUAAACCUUCUGCAAAACCUUCUGAAAAUGGAACUCAAACUGAUGGUGAGCGACUGGGAUAUCAAAGAUCAUUACAAAACCUUGUUUCUCCAGUUGCAAUCGGUACUACAGAUAAUAUUCAGCAUCAUGCAUCUCGGAUGCCAUUGAUGCAGCAUGCACCACUAACUCAUGAACUCAUAAAUGGAAAUUGUAUGGUUUAUUCCAAAAUGCAAACAUUCAUGUUCUCAAGAAAAACUGGAGGCAUUCCAAGGCUACCAAUUGGUAUGUCAAAGGUUGCAAAUUGGAGAUUGCGCGCAUUAAACCUUGAGAGGAAACUCCAAAUAUUGGGAGGGCUUAGAACCUGGCUGGUCUCAGCGGGGCUCGGUCAAUUCAUUCAUAUUUUCGAGAAGGAAAAAGUGGGAAUUUAUCAGUUAGUCAAUCUUACAAUGAGCAAACUCAAAGAUAUGGGUGCAGAUGCAGUUGGGCCAAGGAGGAAGCUGAUUCAUGCCAUCGAGUGUCUCUGCAAUCCUUACUACACCGAGGAAUGCAGUAAUUAAACUAUUCAAAUGAAUCUCUCCUUCUGUAUCUCCAUCAACUUUCUGUUCCUCUUUGCUGCAUAAAAAUUUUGAUGCUACAUAUACCGACAUAUGCUCUGGAAAAAGGUAUAAGACGUCUGCUCUCACUCGUGAAUACUGGAUACCAACAUUCUCAGUGAUCAGAAAAUUUGUGGCUUAACAAUUUAUCAAGAUUAUAUCGUUCAUGUACAUGUCGAAAUUGUUAUCUCAUACAGUAGACUGAAACUCUGGGCUUGUACUUGCAUAUGCUUCAGGAUGAAGUUAAGAUUUUAGUCAGAAAAGUUGCUGAAAAUGAUGCCAAAGUCAGGUGACAUAAGACAUUUUAGCCAUUCUAUUGGUUGCUCCAGUUGCUGAAAAUGAUAACUGGAGUUGAAAUCCAUAGUGUUAGACCUUUCAAGUGAAGCUCUGGAACCCCACUCAAAACUUAUGCUCUUUAUUCCUAGAUUUUUGCGUGUGGUAAUGGCUUGAAUCCUCAUGUAUUAGCAAUUACAAGAACAGGGCUCUAUUCUUUAUUAUAUUGUGGGUUCCCUGCAGAUCAAAUCAUACUACAAGCAUUUGAAUUCUGAAUCCUUCAGUCUUGAAGGAACUCGUCGAUCUUGUGCGGUUGGUUGACCAACUUCUCUUGCUUUGGGUUGAUGCAUGUAGAACUUCCGGUGUGACAACAGCUGCUAAUAGUCAACCCCCCAAGUCAGCAAAUGUCAUCAGGUCAGAAACUAUUUAAGAAAGAAGUCAUUUUUAGUGUUAAGAAUAUUGAUUUAUGAACUUUAUAUGAUGCAAUAUGGAUUGUUCAUUUCA